AACUAUCCGUUGGACGGCACCGACCCCUCGGCGGUCAUACCGGUGGCCACCACACGCUUGGAGACCAUUGUGGGCGAUGUGGCGAUCGCUGUGCACCCGGAGGACAGUCGGUAUCAGCACGUCGUGGGCCGACACGCCGUACACCCCUUUACGGGUCGUCGUAUGCCUAUAGUCGCCGAUCGCUCCGUACGUCCCGAGUUGGGUACCGGAGCCGUGAAGAUAACGCCCGCGCACUCGGUGUUUGACUACGCACUCGCCGAACGCCAUUCCCUACCGGCGCUCGACGUGUUUGACUCGGAGGGACGCCUACACUGUCCGGACGCUCCGGAGUUCACGGGUUUGCAUCGCUUUGAGGCCAAGGAUGUCGUGCGCCGGGCGUUGGAGUCGAGGGGACUGUAUGUCUCAUGUGAACCGCACCGGCAGUCCAUACCUGUGUGCCAUAGGAGUGGAGAUCUCAUAGAGAGCCGACUACUGAGCCAAUGGUUCCUGAAGUGCGAUAAACAGCGAGUUUUGGCUCAGUUUGUGGUGAACAGGGAUGAGAUGUCGGCGCCCGACGAGCGCCAGUGGCGAGAGUUGAGCGAAACGGUAGCCCCGGAAGACAGACACCUGAGUAUAGUUCCGCCGAACUAUAGGAAUGUGUGGAAAGACUGGUUCUCGCGAUGGGAGGACUGGUGUAUAUCGCGACAGAUCUAUUGGGGACAUCGGAUACCGGCCUAUAAUGUGAUCAUUGAUGGCAUGCCUACCGACGACUGGAUCGCCGCUAAAAGCGAUACGGAAGCGCUGGCUAUUGCCCGAAAUAACUACCCGUCCCGUGAGGUGAUGGUGCGUCAGGACCCGGACGUGUUGGACACGUGGUUCUCGUCAGCGCUGUUACCGCUGACUGUCAACGGAUGGCCGGAACGGGAUCUCCGCGACACUACUGACCCGUACUUCCCGUUGAGUCUCAUGGAAACGGGUCACGACAUUAUAUUCUUCUGGGUGUCCCGUAUGGUAGUCCUGUCGCUGGCGCUGACCGAUAGGCUACCGUUCCGUCGCGUACUACUGCACGGAAUGGUAUGCGACGGGAACGGCAAGAAAAUGUCCAAAACGAGGGGCAAUGCCAUCGAUCCGCUCGAUAUGAUUGACGGCAUAUCGCUGGCCGACCUGAAAGCCAAGACCCGGCGGCACCUGGAGUCCGGACUCCUGUCCAAUAAGGAACUGGACGUAGCGCUGCGCCAAUUGAGUGGGAAAUUCCCUAAAGGUGUGGUGAGCUGUGGGGCCGACGCGCUCCGGUAUUCGCUGUUGGAACUGGAGUUUAAGGCCGAAAACGUGGCGUUUGACGGGUACCGGGUAUUCAAGAAUCGCAACUUUUGCAACAAAAUGUAUCAAACGGUGCGAUAUUUGGCGCAACACGUGGACAGUGGGUUCACAGUGGACAGGGAUGUCUUAGCCGUGAGUGUCAUCGACUCCCACUAUGAGGUGCCACACCUAAUAUGA